CCGGCAUGAAUAGUCAAUGCAGAACAUAUGGCUUACAAUCAUCACAAUUCUCCAUUUUUUUUAUGAAUACAAUUCUCCAUUAUAUAACGCAUCAUUUUAAUCAAACACUCCAUCCUUAACAAUGCCUUCUUCUUCAUUCUUUCUACUUCUCCCAUUUUCUUUCCUUCUCCUUUCUGUUAAUGGAGCUGACCCACUCUUCCAUUUCUGUUCAUCCUUUCAGAAUUUCACAGCCAAUGGCCCAUACGAAUCAAAUCUCAACAAACUUGCUGGUAACCUCAACUUACAAGUUCCUAAACAAGGGUUUGGUUUCGGCUCAUCAGGACAAGACCCGGACCAAGUAUACGGACUUGGUCUCUGUCGAGGAGAUGUGUCGUCCUCAGAUUGCAAAAACUGCGUAGCGGACGCCAGUAGUGAGAUUCGCAAGCGAUGCCCUACCAAUAAAGCAGCAAUUAUUUGGUAUGAUAAUUGCCUUUACAAGUAUUCGGAUGAGAAAUUCUUCGGUCAGAUUGAUAACAGAAAUAGGUUUUACAUGUGGAACGUGAGAGUUGUGAACAACUCGGCUCAGUUCAAUGAGGAUGUUAAAGAGUUAUUGAACGAACUAGCCGAUGAAGCUUACGCUACGCCGAAAUUGUAUAAAACCGGUGAGUCGGAGAUUGAAGAUCCGAAAAAUAAGCUCUAUGGAUUGGUUCAGUGCACUAGAGAUCUUUCUAAUGGUGAUUGCAAGAAGUGCCUUGAUGGCAUAAUUGGUGAACUUGGUAGUUGCUGUGAUGGAAAAAAAGGUGGCAGGGUUGUUGGUGGGAGUUGUAAUUUUAGGUAUGAAAUGUAUCCGUUUGUCAAUGCCUAGAUGAGUUUUUUUGGGCAUUGAAAAUAAUAGAAUAAACAAAUCUAUGUAGUUCAAUAAUUUUGAAAAUAUUUGACGUGUAUUCAUAUAUAAA